AUGGAAAUAAUAGACACUUUUUAAUGCUUAAUUUCAUUCCAGGAUUAAGAUAAUUAUUCACAUAAAGCAAAUUUACAAUUUACAACAACCAAAAUAAAUCUAAUUUUGAAUACUCAGUGUUUUGAAAUAGAAAUAUCAUAUAAACUUUAAUUAAAAUGGAAAUGUGAAGAGAAUAAAUUGAUUUCAAUGCAUUUUCAAUAAUUUACUAUUUAGGCUGGAAAUGAAGAUCUCCUUAAAUUUAAGAAACAUUUAGAUUGUUAAACAACAUAUAUUGGAAUUCGAGAAAUUUACGAUAAUGUUAUAUUAAUUUAAUAAAAAGACAAUGCAAAAGUAAUUGGAGAAAUAAUUAUUUUAGAUAUGCUCACUUAAAAGUAAAUUAGAUGGGAAAAUGUAUAUUUGUAAGUGUUAUAAAAAAUAAGAAGUUGAAAAAUAUAAAAUUUAUGAGCAAUUAGUUAUUUUACGUAAAUUAGGUGAUUUUAAGAAUGUUGCUUAAAUAAUAGAUUUCUAUGAAUCAUCUAAUUCCUAUUAUUUUAUUUUUGAAUAGAUGAAUAGAAUUCAUUAUAGUAGUUUAAGUCAUGAAGAUAUAUAAUCUAUGAUGUUUGUAUAUUCAAUUUUAUAUUAGGAUAUUUUAUGUUGUGUAAAAAUGUUGAUAUUGAAUCAUGUCUUUCAUUCCUAAAUAAAUUUAUCUAAUAUUGUAAUAGAUAAUGAUAUGAAUUGUAAACUUGCAGGCUUUGAACAUGCAGAGUUAUUAAAUGAGAAGAAUGCUAUUUAUAACUCUUUAAUGUUGACAAUGGUAGGACAUAUAAUGAUCAAAUUGUAUCAAAUUAAUAACUUAUAUAGAUAUCAAUACAAUUCCAAAAAUAAGUAAUAAAUAUUUAUUCCUGAUUAUGGUAAUUCACUUGUUUAAGGAUUAUUAGAAACAGAUUUGAAUUAAUAAAUUAAUAUUGAAUAAGCUUUAAGUCAUGAAUACUUUGAAUAUUUUGAUUACAAUUCAAGUCCCAUGAUGUAAUAAUAGAUUGUACCAAAAUUGAAAUCAUUCAUUACUUAAUAAUCUCUUUCAUUACCAAUAGAGAGCAAUAUCUGA